CUUCCUUUAUAGGUGGAGCAUUUUGUUGGAGAACAGCUAUAUCACACAGCCUCUGGCCACACAGAUCUACACAGAACUCCAUACCAGAAUCAAAGAUCGAGUGAGUGGAAAGGCAGUCAUACAUCUGAGGAUUGAUGGCUCAGUUCAACACAAGUAGCGGCUCUGUGCCAGAUGCUUCCUAUAAAUAUUCACUCCGACAAAAGCAGUGCGCUUUAUCCUGUGUUGCAGAAAAAAUAGCUGCCUUCGAGGGGAAUCUAUCAGGUGUUUUCAACACAACCAGCAGCACACAUGCGCACAUGCGCACACAUGUAGGUAUGAAAUCUGCAGUGAAAACAAAUACUGAUAUUUCCCACAAGAACAGUGUCACUCUUGCUUCCACCAUGGCAAGGCCAAUUUAUUGCAACAGAAAGGAGAUUACAGUAAUGCUGAAACCAGAGACCCGGGAAUCAGAUGUGCCAUCCUUCCCCAAAGUGCGCCAGAGCACCAAACAGUCACUGGCACAGCAAGACAUGCUUACCAAAGAGCAACGUUUGAUUAAGGGCAAUGUUAGGGUGGAAUACACCAUCAGCUCUAAACUCCCCAAACUUUAUGAAAUGCAGAAACCUAACUACAUAAGUACACGGGGACCCCGAAAUAAACUCCAAAUAGGCAGCGUUGACCCCUCUGUUACUAAGACUGUGCUUGUUCUGGGAAGCCCUCCGACGAAGCCUAAAAGGCCUCCAAGUGUUGACAUUCAUCGAUUCAGAAGGAAUCUUAAAUGUUUAAAUAAAGGACCGGGGAUGAAGAUGCCACCUUCUGCUGUUCCCUCACAUCUGCAUCCAUCUCCAUCAUUCAAUCAUGCAGCUGCUUUGAGUCAACAGUUGGACAUGGAUGAGAGCUAUGAAAAUGUUGGCAUCAAGAAGCCUCCGCCACUCCCCCUUCAAGAACAUCCUUCAAAGAGGACAGAGUCUCCACAGGUAGAUUUGAGUGAUGGCAGGAUGGAACAAGCAGAGAAAUCUAAAAAACACCAAAAAAGUAAACAUGGAAAAGAUGACGCAAACCACGGCAAAGUCACAAAGAAGAAAGAGGCAGAGCCAAAAGGAACCAUCAACCCAAAAGAAAUAAAACAUCAUGAAAGAAAGGCUAAGAAAGAGAAGAAAGAGAAGAAAAAGAAGUUCAAGAUCAAAGGACCUAUUCACACAGUCAAGAAGGGGAAGGCACUCGAUUGUAAAGGAGCAAAAUCAGACUUGUCUCUGAAUCAAGCAGAAAUCACUGAAGUGGUCCAAAAUACAGAUGUCUCUGUGAUGACUGAGGCUGUCACUACAGGCCUGGAUGAUUUAAACGUGAAUGAGGAGACUCGGAUGUACUGGUCUGAAGCAGACGUUUAUGAUGACAUUGGGGCGCUAGAUGUGUGUCGAGCAGUUGGAGAGAAUGAUCUUUAUGUCGCUAUGGAUUAUCAAGACACAAGGUUGUACUGGUUUUGUAUUUGUUUUCAAUGGGUGGGUCAGACUUGGAUAUUCAUAAAUGUAGAAAUCUCAGUUGGUGCUAUGAGAUCUGUGUUUAACCAAAAAAUUAAGAUAUUUUCUUUAAAGGAAUGACGUAUUGGGUCAAAUUAAAGGUGUAGUGUGUAGGAUUUAGUGGCAUCUAGCACUGAGGUUGCAGAACCAAACCUUCUCCUCUGUGCCAAGAGUGUAGGAGAACUAUGGUGGCUGACGUGAAAACGGGAAUCACCCUGUCUAGAGCCAGAGUUUGGUUUUGUCCAUUCUUUGCUACUGUAGAACAACAUGGCGUUCGCUGUGGAAGAGGAUGUAUGUAGAAAGAUAUGCACGAUAUGCUCAUUCUAAGGUAACCAAAACACGGGGAUUCUCAUUUUCAGGUGAUUAUACACUUAAAAAGCAUAAAUAGGAAUAUUAUGUAGCCUACAGUUUCUGCCAAUUAAUGCCCAUAAUGCUACACACUGGAUCUUUAAUAAAUGCACAGGAAAAACAACAAUUUACACCCUUAAUACUUUUAACAGUGCAAGUAUCACUAUUUCAAAUAGAGAAGUCCUUUUCCAGUCCACUUCCACUGUUUGACAGUGUAGAUUGUUGUGUAUAGACGACACCUAGUGGUUAACAUGAUUAUCACCACCAUCAUAAACUGCUGCCAUGGUCAGCUGCCAUGCUGAAACCUUGAAAAAAAAAUCAGUGUAAAGUAA